AUGGAAAUUCCGCGCCAAACCCCUCCGGCCAAACGACUUUUACUUUGUGUGGCGCUUCGGACAAUUUCCGGCCCCCCGAAAUCAUCGCUGCGGUCAUUGUACUCGCGACAGGAGAGCGCCGAAAUGAACAUGGUGGGUCUAAUUUGUUGUUGAAAUAAAAAAUUUUACUUUGAAUACUUGCACAGUGCAGAAAAAUUUUUUGAUUUUGCACAGUGCAAAAAUUCAAAAAUUCGAAUUUUUGUUUUUCCGAAUGUCUAGAACGCAACAUCCCCUAUGAAUAUAUUAGCGUCGUUUUGCGGACCAUCUUUCUCUUCCCCAGAAAGGACGCGGAAAUUGGAUAUUAGGGCAUUUUGCGAGAUUUUCCCAAAUUUCGCACAGUGAAAGAGGAUAUUUUCUGUUUUUCACUGGGAUUGAGCGCGUAAACUACACUUUUAUUAUAUCUUUGAGGUCAUAGAGGCUCUAUAAAACGUUUUUAAAAUCAAAAUUUUUUCGCUGUUGCUUUGCACUGUGCGAUCGGAAAGAUUUGACUUUUGCACUGUGCGGAUAAAAUUUUUUGGAUUUUCUCCGGAGUGGAGGAGCAUAAUAGGCCAAAAAGGAGCUGAUAUUUUUUGUUUACCCUCAGGGCUUCCUAUUUUUGUAUUAGCUUCAGAACAAUCAGCCUGCACUGUGCGAUAAGCAACUUUUGAUUUUUUGCACUGUGCGGAAUAAUUUUUUCGGGUUUUCUCCGGAGUGGCGGAGUAUGAUAGGCCAAAAAGGAGUUGAUAUUUUUUGAUUACCCUCAGGGCUUCCAAUUUUUAUAUUAGCUUCAGAACAAUCAACCUGCGCCGUGCGAUAAGAAACUUUUGAUUUUUUGCACUGUGCGGAAUAAUUUUUUCGGGUUUUCUUCGGAGUGGCGGAGUAUGAUAGGCCAAAAAGGAGUUGAUAUUUUUUGUUUACCCUCAGGGCUUCCAAUUCUUGUAUUAUUUCAAAAUCAUUCAAUCCGCACCGUGCGGAAAUUCAUUUUCAAAAUUUCGCACAGUGCCGUCAUUUUUCGCUUCCGCACUGUGCAUUGGACCAAAAAGGUUUACCUUGACAUGUUGAAAUUCCUUUUUCAUUAGUCUCUUUUCAUCGUACACAUCAAAAAUCGUCUAUUCAAAAGGCUUUUCGGAUCGUUUAACCAUGGUAUUGGCGGUUGUUUUGGGCCGUAGCAAACGAACUGUGGCCCCCCAAAAAUAAAUACGAAUUUCGCUCUCAGCCGCUCUUUGACAAGAAAAUUUUGGGGUGGGGGGAGUUGUCUGGCCCAUUGACAUGUGUAAAUUGCUCUUGUGCUCCGUGAUAGACACAAGUUUUUUCUUUUGAGAUUUUAUAAAAAAAACAUUUUUUUUGAAUUUUUUAGAAUAUUCAACGGCAAAACAACCAAAACAACGGGCAAAUGCGUCGAUGCACUGCCGCAGAGUACGAAGGUAAGAUUUUUUGCUAUUUUUACAUUUUUUAUUUUUUGCACAGUGCAAUAUAAAAAUUUUUUGACUGCACCGUGCAAAAAUUUAAAUUAUAAAUUUUUGCACUGUGCAGUAUGAGAAAAAUAAAAAAACAGGUAUUUUCGAGUAUGUAGAGAUACGGAAAACACAAUAACAAUAGUUUGGAAUUCUCCAUUUUCCUCUGCACCGUGCAAUCUUAACUUUUUUGAGCUGCACAGUGCAGAACUUGUAAAGUCUAUUUUGCACUGUGCGGAGGAGAAAUUUCUAAAGAAGUUGGUAAUGUAGGUGAUGUACCUAGUUUAAAAAUUAAUUAUGACUUUUAAAAUUUUGUAAAAUACGCAAGCUAAUAUUACUUUUGAAAUUUUUUUCUCCUUGCACAGUGCAAAAAUUAAACUGUAAAUUCUGCACUGUGCAGAUCAAGAAAAAUUAUGAAGUAAAUUUUUUCGACUACGAUAGGCUAAGAAGCACUGAAAAAAAAUUGUUAGAAAUUUAUGUUUUUCUUCUGCACUGUGAAAUCUUAAAAUUUUCCAGCUGCACCGUGCAAGUUUUAAAAAAUCGAUUUUUCACGGUGCGUAAGAUAAAUUUUUAAAUAAAUCAGUAAUGUAGGUGAUGUAUUCAGUGCGAAAAUUAAUUGUGACUUUUAAAAUUUUGUAAAAUACGCCACGACAUGAUAAUAAUUAAACUUUUUUUCUUUGCACAGUGCAAACUAAAACAAAAAAUUUUGCACAGUGCGGAAAAUUUUUUUGAAUAAAUCGGUAUUGUAGGUGAUGUACUCAGUGCAAAAAUUAAUUAGGAUUCUUAAAAUUUUGUAAAAUGCGCUAGCCAAUACAAAUUUUGAAAAUUUUUUUUCUUUGCACAGUGCAAAAUAAAACAAAAAAAAUUUGCGCUGUGCGAAGCGAAUUUUUUUGUAUUGCAAAAAAAAAAUGAAAAACUUAAAAAAUAACUAACCAAUUCAAACCUAAAACACUAUCAAAAACGUUAUUCUCAAACGCCUACGCAAAUUUCAAAUGCGGAGGUGUUUGGACUUUCCGCACCGUGCGAAUUCCAAUCUUUUUGGCCAUAAUUCAAUUCCAAACAUCAUCUCGAUGCCCCGUGUUUUGCCGGAUAUCAUUUCAGAUUCUGUGCUUCGGAUUUUCCGUGUGAUACAAGCCAUAACAUAAUGCGAAUGGUAUGUGGUUUUACCCCACACUUUUUGUCGCAUCAAUGGCUCAUUUUAUGGGCCAAAAAUGUAAAAAAAUGGGGAAGUAUAUAGAACUUUUUAGGGACUCUGCCGGAAAGAGGGGGAUCAAAUUAAACAGUUUUUUUUGGACUGACUUUGGCGAGAUAUUUUCUUUGAAAUUUCUUUGGGGAAUUUGCAUAAAUUUUGCGGAUUCUGAGAGAUUGGUCAGUUUCAUAGAAUUUAGAUAGGUUUUUAUGAGAUGUUUUUUCAUUUGGCUCUGAGAAUGGAGUAAAGGAGAGUCCAAAAAACAAAAUUUUUUGGGAAAGUCUAAAAAUCGUGGCUAAAAAUUAAAAAAAAAUAUUUAAAAUGUUUUUAAAAAAUUUCAAAAAAUAAAAAAUAAAUAAAAUAAAACAAACAAUUUUACGAUAUUUUUUUAUUUUUUUUUAUUUUUAAUCAAUAAAGAAUGGAAAAUACCUAAAUGAAUAUAAAAAAAAUUAAAUUCUUUUUGUAAAUGUAGCUUGAUGGGUCAAUAGAAAUGAUAUUAUUUUCCGAAAAAUAUCUCGUGAGCUCUCCCUAAAAGAUCAAACUCCUUAUUUGUCCAGAAUCUCGUUGUUUAUCGCACUUUAGCCAAAACGGAGGCGUGAGCAAACACACGUUGAAACAAAUUGCAAUAUUCCGAUGUUUUGAAGAUUUUGAAUUACAGUAGAAACUGGUAGCAUAAAUUGAGGGGUUCGAAAAAAUUUUAAGCUUAAUUUUUUUUAUUUAAUUUAAAAAAAAAUAAAAUAAAAUUUUUUUUUUUUUAUUUUUAUUUUUUUUUUAAUCUUUUCCAUUGCAAAUUCGCUUUGACAAUUUGCACUUUUUCGAACUCUCAAAUGUUUUUUUUGACUCCCGGAAUAAGUAAACUCGGCAAGUUUACAAUUUCUCUUUCAACGCUCGGAUUGCCAAGAAGAAUGGCCAAAUGACUUUUUGGCUUUGGUUUUUUGCUUUGUCCCCCGACUUGGCUUAAUCAGAUAUAAACGCCGGGGGAAAACUGGAUUGAAAAUUUCGUCGUGAAUAUUCUGAUAUGGCUGAAAAAAAAGUGAAAACAUAAAAAGAUAAUAAAUAAAUAAAAAAAUUUGACCGCACAAUGCAAACAAUUGCUUUUUUUAUCUGCACUGUGCAAUAUUUAAAAUUAUUUAUUUUUGCACUGUGCGGCCAAAAAAUAGUUUUUUAUCUGCACCGUGCAAUAUUUAAAAUUAUUUAUUUUUGCACUGUGCGGCCAAAAAAAGUUUUCUUUUAAAGCACCGUGCAGAAUUUUUGACCGCAUUUUUUCCACUGUGCUUCAAAGAAAAAAAUUUUUUUACUGCAUGAUGCAGAAUUUAAUUUUUGCUUUGCACAGUGCAAAAUUUUUUUUAUAAAAUUUUUUCGCACAGUGAAAUGAAAAAAGUUUUCUUUUAUUGCAGAGUGCACAAUUUUCUUUUUAUUUUGCACCGUGCUUUCCAAAAAAAUCAAAAAUCCUAGAAUACAAUGUGCAAAAAAAUAAGAAACAUAAAAAAUUCAAAAAAACAUCAAAUUUCAUUUAUAUGUUUAUUAUGUUUGCAGAAUUCAAAAAAGCCUUCCAAUUUUUCGACGCGAAUCACGAUGGUUACAUAACUGCUCAAGAAUUGGAACUGGCGAUGAAUAAAUGCGGAGUUUACCCGUCGAAAUUGGAACUUCGAUUUGUGAUGAGCGAGGGAGAUCGGGAUGGUGAGAUUUUGAAGAUUUUUUAGGGUAAAAUACGUGGUCGGCAUCUUUCAUUAGCUUUUUUCAUAAAAAUAAAAAAAAAUAAAAAAAAAGUGCGAAAUCGAUCUUUAAAAAAAUAAGAUUUUGAAGAUUUUUUAGGGUAAAAUACGUCAUUGAAUAUUCUUGGCAUAUUUUUUAAAAAUUAAAAUAAAAAAAAUUUCAAAAAAUCCCAAAAUUUUUUUUUAUUUUUGGCUUCAUUAUUUUUUUUUAUUUCGAAAUUUUAAAUCUGAUUAUAUCCAUCAACCAGUUUUAUAUCCCAAAAAUAUAUUUUUUCUUUUUAUUUUGGCGUGGGAGCAAGAAUAUAAAAAGAAUAUCAAAGAAGAAACGUUUUAUAAAACAAUUUGGCAUGACAUUUGACGUCAAACAAAAGAAUAACUAAAUUGCUCCCUUUUAUUCGCUUUUUUGGUGGACAAAAAAGGGAUUAUAAACAAGUGGAAAGGAUUAAAAAUAAAAACACUGUUAAAUUUUUUUAUUUUUAUAUUAAAUAUAUGGCUCAAUUUCAAGACUUAGAAGCUUUGUAAAAUACGAACAGUUUGACAACAUCUUUUUUGACUUUAUACAAAUCUCAAAAAAGUAAUAAAAAAAGUAAAAAAAUUAAAUUUUUUUAUCUAAAAUACUAUUUUCAAUUAACAAAUUUAUAUUAUUUCCAGGAAACGGAGUGAUAACAUUUGACGAGUUCGCAGCCCUGAUGGAAAACCAAGAUCGCAGGUUAAAGUACGACAAUCAACAGCUAUGGGAGCAGUUCAGGAUGUUCGACAAGGUAAGGAAUUUUAAAAUACGAGGGUUCCAAUAAACGUUAUUUUUCUAUCAAAAAUUAUUUAUUUUUUUUUAUUUCUUACAGAAGGGUGCCCAAACAGCCACCCUCAGAUUUUGAUGAAAAUUGGCGCAAAUUAAGACUAUUUUUUUAACAAUAAGCCGUAUGCGAAACGGCUAAUACAUAAAAAUAAAAAUUUCAGGACAACGACGGGUUCAUUGAGCGCGGCGAGAUGACACAGAUCGUCAAGGAGCUGGCGUUGGGUCGAUAUUUCCCCACCAACGUAAUUGACAAGCUGUUUCGGGAAGCUGAUGUGGAUGGCGACGGCAAAAUAAGUUUUGAGGGUAAGCUUUUUAAACUUCUUUAACAAGGGCAAGACCACAAGUAUUUCAUACCUAUUUCUACCGGAAAGGGUAAUGUUUCCACAAAAAAUAAUUUUUUUCCGUACAAAACUAGCAAAGUUUUGGCCAGAAAGUGUUUUUCUCCCUGACCGCUCUCCGCGUUUAGCGUACUCUCUCGGCGGCAAAUAUCGUUGAAUAUCUCGGUGGCGCUUGAAAAGCGUGAGCUAAAACUUUCAGAAAUUGAUAUUUAGUUCAUGACCGACGUGUGUGCGAAAUUUAUAGAAAAUCUGACAAGGGAAGUCACUUUUUUCGCAGAUCGAUCCAUACUGGUGACCUAGUGGAUAUUGAAGGCCUCAGUUUUUUUGGAGGUCUUUUCGGUGGGGUUUUCCGUGAACUUUGAUGAGCCAUAGCUCUGCCCUCAGGGCCUGUUUGGAAGCCAGAUUCUCAUUGCACUGUCUGAGGCCUUCAACAUCCACUAGGUCACCAGUAUGGACCGAUCUGCGAAAAAGUAACUUCCCUUGUGAGCGUCGCAGUUUGAGUACUUCCGCUGUAAGUAAAAUUACGGUAAAUUGCAAAAAAAAAAAUUUUUUUUCUUAACCAGUAGGCCACUUUUUUUGCUGUUUCGUUUUUUAAUUCCUACAAACCACUUCCUAUUUUCAGAAUUUGCGAUGGCCGUCAAUUAG